AUGGCUACUAGUAACUGGAGUCCAUCGUCGUGGACCACUAAGCCCAUCAAGCAGGAUGUAAUCUAUGAGGAUGUGCAAGGCGUCAAGGAUGCUCUCUCCCAAUUACAACGUCUGCCUCCGUUGGUCACUGCUCGAGAGGUCAACAAUCUUAAGAACAGCUUGAAGAAGGUAGCCUUAGGUCAAGCAUUUGUCUUGCAAGGCGGCGACUGUGCCGAGCUCUUUGACUAUUGCAACCAGGGCAUGAUCGAAGCCAAGCUCAAGCUCUUAUUGCAGAUGAGUUUGAUUCUCAUCUGGGGAGCCAACAAGCCCGUCAUUCGAAUUGCUCGCAUCGCGGGACAAUUUGCCAAGCCACGAUCCAGUCCCACUGAAACCGUCAAUGGGGUCGAGAUGCCCUCCUUCCGGGGAGACAACAUCAAUGGCUUUGAAGCUACCCCUGAAUCACGAAAGCCUGAUCCUGGGCGCCUGGUCUCAGCCUAUUUCCACUCCGCCGCCACGUUGAACUACAUGCGUGCCGCCCUCUCUUCGGGUCUGGCCGAUCUUCACUCCCCUAUGGACUGGGGUCUCGGCCACGUCAUUGAGCCCUCUAUCAAGGAUCAGUACUCCAAGAUUGUCAAUUCAGUCCAAGACGCCCUGCGCUUCAUGCGCACCGUCGGCAUCGACAAGGAUCGCGGUGUGGAAACUGCGGACAUCUACACUAGCCACGAAGGUCUCUCACUAGAGUACGAAUCUAGCAUGACUCAAAUGCUCAAGCAGCCCUUGAAGACCGAAACCGGGGUGACCGUUCAGUCUGAACCCGCUUGGUACGCCACAUCAGGACAUUUCCUCUGGAUUGGGGACCGGACACGACAGCUGGACGGCGCGCACGUUGAAUUCUUCCGCGGCAUUUCCAAUCCCAUCGGAAUCAAGAUCGGACCUACCAUGGUCGCCGACGAUCUCGUACGCUUAUUGGAUGUCGUCAACCCCAACAAAGAGAUCGGAAAGGUCACUCUGAUCUCUCGCUACGGCGCAUCGAAGAUCGCCCAGUAUCUCCCUGGACAUAUUGCCGCGGUCCAGGCCUCCGGUCACAUCCCCGUCUGGCAAUGCGACCCCAUGCACGGCAACGGAAAGGCCACCCCCUCCGGCGUGAAGACUCGACACUUCACCGACAUUCUUUCCGAGUUGAAGCAGGCCCUGGAGAUCCAUCGCCAGGCUGGAUCCUUCCUCGGUGGAAUGCACCUCGAGUUGACUGGCGAGGCUGUGACGGAAUGUGUAGGUGGUGCUGCAGGCUUGACGGAAGAUGGCCUUGGCGAGCGAUACACCACAUUCUGCGAUCCUCGUCUCAAUGAGAAGCAGGCUCUUGAGCUCGCUUUCCUUGUGGCCGGAUUCUACCGCGAGGAAUCGCAAAUCUAA